UCCCCUCUCAGUAGGGGCGUGCUCGGUGGAGUUCUGCAGGUAUUUGGGUCGGCUCAGGUUCUGUCAGCUCACAGCAGCAGCGCUCCUGACCUUUAAUGAAGAUGAAGAGCUGGGCCGUGAUCUGCUGGACUCUCCUGGUCCUGGUUCUGGUUCUGGUGGGAGCMGAUGAGUGUCCGGAUGGAGGCAGAUGUAAAGAGGGUCAAACCUGCUGCAGAGGCUCAGCUGACUCCUUCAGCUGCUGCCCCUUCCAUCAGGCUGAGUGCUGCGAGGACCACGUCCACUGCUGUCCAGCAGACACGACCUGUGACUCGUCCACGUCCAGCUGCGUGAACUCCAGCGUGUCCGUCCCGUGGGCCGAGAGGACCUCUGCCGACCGCCCGUCCACCUCCAAGUCCUUCAGGAUGAUCCGGACCUCCACGGACGAGGACUCUGAGAACACCUGUCCGGAUUUGUCCCGCUGCCCGGCGGAGUUCUCCUGCCUGAAGGCCUCCACCAAGUUUGGCUGCUGUCCCGUUGCGAAGGGGGUCUCCUGCGCUGAUGGCAAGCACUGCUGCCCCGAGGGCCACCGGUGCAGCAUCGACAGCCGCUCCUGCAUCAAAAAAGAAUUUGAAAUGACUGUUUUGUGCAACGACGGCGUGUCUGAGUGUCCCAAUGAUAUGACCUGCUGUGAAACUCCUGAUGGGAAGUGGGGGUGCUGCCCAUUGCCAAAGGCUGUGUGCUGCGAUGAUAAGAAACAUUGYUGCCCUGAAGGGACGACAUGUGACACUGAAAAUAUGAAAUGUAUUUCCUCAUCUACCCAAAAAGAGUUCCCGAUGUGGUCCAAGUUCCCCGCGAGGCAGAGGGCAGACUGGGAGAACCAGAAAGUUAAAGAAGUCGCAUGUAACGAGACUGCAGCUUGUCCUGAUGGCUCUACCUGCUGUAAAAACAAACAUGGUGAUUGGAGCUGCUGUCAUCUUAAAGACGCCAUUUGUUGUAAAGAUUUGGAACACUGCUGUCCGAAAGGUACAAGAUGCAACAAGGCUAAAGGGACCUGCGAUGACAGAUCGGGUUCUGUUCCUUGGACUGAGAAGGUGUCCACAGUCCGUAGAAAAAAUGUUCAGAUGGAGGUGAAGGUUGUCCCGUGUGAUGACAAAGUGGGCUGUCCUGAUGGCACCACCUGCUGUAAAACCCAACAAGGUUCUUGGGCUUGUUGUCCACUGCCAGAGGCUGUUUGCUGUCAAGACUUCAUCCAUUGCUGUCCUAAAGGUCAAACAUGUAACCUGGCUGCUCAGACAUGUGAUGGAGGACAACAGUCUGUUCCCUGGGUCAAGAAGAUUUCCUCCAUUCCCAGAAAGGAUGUUCAGACGGAGGUGAAGGUUGUCCCGUGUGAUGACAAAGUGGGCUGUCCUGAUGGCACCACCUGCUGUAAAACCAAAGAGGGUUCUUGGGCUUGUUGUCCUCUGCCAGAGGUGAAGGUUGUCCCGUGUGAUGACAAAGUGGGCUGUCCUGAUGGCACCACCUGCUGUAAAACCAAAGAGGGUUCUUGGGCUUGUUGUCCUCUGCCAGAGGCUGUUUGCUGUCAAGACUUCAUCCAUUGCUGUCCUAAAGGUCAAACAUGUAACCUGGCCGCUCAGACAUGUGAGGGAGGACAACAGUCUGUUCCCUGGGUUAAGAAGAUUUCCUCCAUUCCCAGAAAAGAUGUUCAGAUGGAGGUGAAGGUUGUCCCGUGUGAUGACAAAGUGGGCUGUCCUGAUGGCACCACCUGCUGUAAAACCAAAGAGGGUUCUUGGGCUUGUUGUCCUCUGCCAGAGGCUGUUUGCUGUCAAGACUUCAUUCACUGCUGUCCUAAAGGUCAAACAUGUAACCUGGCUGCUCAGACAUGUGAUGGAGGACAACAGUCUGUUCCGUGGGUCAAGAAGAUUUCCUCCAUUCCCAGAAAGGAUGUUCAGACGGAGGUGAAGGUUGUCCCGUGUGAUGACAAAGUGGGCUGUCCUGAUGGCACCACCUGCUGUAAAACCCAACAAGGUUCUUGGGGUUGUUGUCCUCUGCCACAGGCGGUGUGCUGCAGUGACAGGAUCCACUGCUGUCCCCACGGCAGCUCCUGCACCGGUCAGGGCAGCUGUAUCCGGAACUCCAAGCUGAACUGGUCCAACUGGAACUGGGUCUUGGGCAACAAGAAGAAAACUCAAAUUCUGUGAAAACUUUGUUUGUUUCUAAAUAAAGGAAAACGAACAAACAAACAAAAAACAAUUAAGAAAAUCACGUUUAAAUUCUCUGUUGCUUUUAAAGUCAGGUAAAUGAUGGGAUGUUUUCUGAUUCUGAGUUGCACUUAAAGGAUUUUGAUUGUGAUCCUGGGAUUAAAGGUUUCUAUCUGCACUAAAAUGUACAUCUUUUGUACGUUAUGAGAGUAAAUCGUUUUGCACACGUUUUAUUACUUGAAACUUUUACUCRUUUAAGAAUAAACUCUAAAUGAACAUUAUUUUUUGCUGAAAAUAAUUGGUUUUAUGUUCAUACAGUACUUUUGUUAUUCAUAAUCAGCCGUUUUAUAUAUGAUUUUAAAUUUGACACACUGAGAUUUAUUCUUUUUUUUACCUAAUGUAUGAGCGGUGAUGUUUCUUAUUUGAAUCAUAAAUCAGUUCAAGGCAUAAAGUCUAAUCAAUAAACAUUUAAUGAACUUAUAUAA